GACGACGGUGGCAUCGAGUACUACAACACGAUAGUGGUGCAGCCGCACCUGAAACUGGUGACGAAUCAAGGCCGGGGCUUCCACGUGCGGUGUCGCUACCAGACCCGGGACAAGGUGGUGUCGAACGACCAGACCCAAGUCGACAUGCUGCAGUCGCUGCCACUACAAGCAGCAGCGCCACUGCCGGGCUGUUCGAUGAAAAUCUACAGCGGCGAGCCGUCGGCCCACCACAUCGCCGAGAACGUGAAAAUCGGCGAUCCCCUGACCCUCGUCAUAAGCAUCGAGAACCAGGAUAUGGUCGGCUUGAGGAUAACCGACUGCAUCGUCAGGGACGGCAUCGGACGGGGCGAGCAGAAGCUCAUCAAUCACGAAGGCUGUCCAGUGGACAGGGAGAUCAUGGGCCAGUUCGUCUACAACGCGGACAAGACCGAAGCCAAGGUCCACUUCCAGGCGCACAAGUUCCCCUACACUUCGAGCGUCUACUAUCAAUGCAACGUUAGCUUUUGCAUCAAGCACAAAGGAGGAUGCUCCGAUACGCCGCCGUUGUGUGGCAACGAAUUAGCUCGGCGUCGGAGGGACACGACAAAGACCGCGCUCGUCGCUACCAAGGACGGUACCGGUGAGGACGGCACGCCUGCCACCAUCGAGGUCUACAGCGGCUUCUACGUCAACGAGGCCGACGUCGUUCCAAAGUCCGAUUACUACGACGUCUCCAAAGAAAGGGCGUACGACAGCAAUCCGGACUACAUUUGCAUGUCGCAGCGUAGCUUCGCCAUCGGUAUCGCGAUAGCGAGUCUGUUGUUGCUGCUGGCGAUAAUCGGCGCGGUACUCAUGCUGCUGGGCAAGCGACGCCACAAGAGCGUCUCGACUACCGGCUCCUCGAUCUACAGCGGUCCCUACACCAACACCGCUUACAGCCACAGCAGCUAAGGAGAAUAGCCAACCUCAUCGUCGUUCUCUUUCUUAUCUGCUAUGUUUUUUUUUUUUUUUUUGUUUUUUUUCCCGUUUCGUUUCGUUGCUCCUUGCCUUCAUCUUCCGCGACUUUUGCUCGCCUUCCCGAGCGAUGCCUCCUUUUUCCAUUGUUCUUGCGUUUUUUUAAAAUGAAUUUUCCCGCUAACUCGGACCGGCACACGUAUGUGCCCACGCGAGUAAAACGAACGACAAUGUCGUUGUCGAGAGAACUCGAGGAAGGAGGAAUUACACGGAAGAGAUAGGAGGAAGGAGCAACGGCGCCUUUUUUUCCCCGGAAGAUGGAUAUUUUUUUUUUUUUACUUUUCGUUUCGGUUUCCCAUCUCUGAUUUUUUUGCUCACGAAGCUACGUCAUUUUCGUUUGAAAAGUCAAACGAAUCUAGCGUACUUUCGAGUUUUUCCUAACUUUUUGCUUAUACGCUUACUUGAACCUUUUUUUUUUUUCUUCUUUGAAAGUGUACUUAAUAAUUUGGUAUCGCGCGCGAGACCAAUGACUUACGUUUGGAUCACAGCUGAA